AUGAAUUUAACUACUUACCAACUAAUAAUUGUCAAAACGGCGAUGACUAGCAGCGAUUAUGUGAAAAUUAACCAACUUUUAAAGCAAAUCCAAGGGGAAAAGUAUACUUCAAAUAUUUAUAAAGUUCCGACUGCUAAAUCGGAAGCAAUUAUUAAAUAUUUAGAGCAAGAGCAAUUAAAUUAUGAAAUUUAUUGGAAAAAUGGAAAAGAUAGCGAAGAUACAAUUAAUAUAAUCAACAGUAAAGAAAAUGUUAAAGAACAAAUUUUAGAGUUAAAAAAGGAAAAGUUAUUGAAAGCGUUACAAGAAUUUUAUAUUAAAAAGGGAAUUAAGCGUUCUUCAAUUAAUCCAAAUAUCGAAAGACAAAUAGAAAUCAAAAACUCCCCAGAUUUCUACCAACAAGCACCCUUUUUAACUAUUGCUGAGGAUUUAUUGAAACUGAUAAAGGAGGACAAAGUAGAAAGUUUAAUCUUUUUAAGUGCUUAUGAUAAAAAGAGGUUUGUAUGGGGAGAUGAAAGAAAAAGGAAAAUAUUUCGAGAAACUUUUUCAAAUCUUUCCAAGUUCACCGAAGUUGGCAAGAGUGUAAUUGAUGAUAAUCCAAAUAUUUGUAAUAGUUUAAUUGCAAGCAUGGGAUCAAGUGCAGAUUGUUUAAGAAAUGGAGGAUGUAUUGCGUGUGAUGAAGAAAUAAAAGUCCUUGCCCCUUACUACCCAGCGGUGGAAAAAGAACAUCAUAAAGAGGUUUUAUUAGUCAAAAAUGAAGUUAGUAAUUUAAAAAAAGAGGAUUUUGAAAACUUGCAAGCAACUGGUGGUAAUCCCAAUGAUUGGCAUUGUAAUAAUUGCGGAUUGCUAAUCAAAGAAUGUGAUUGCGGUGAUAAUAUGCUUCCGAAUGACAAAAGAAUACCGGAUCAAGCUAAGCAAGAAUUAGCAAGGUUGGGAGCAACUAAACCUUUUUAUGCGGAUAAUGAAGAAGAAAGGUCAAUCAAGUUCAAAAAGAAUGACGAAUUGGAUAAAUUAGAGUGUGAAUUAAGCGUGCUGGACUUCCAUCAAUCACGAGAAAUAUCAGACUUAUUCGCCAAGAAACUCACUUUAGAAGAAGAAAUUAAAGAACAAGAACUGCUUAUUAAAGAACUAACUAUUAGAGCUGAACGAGGAGAAGAGGAUGCAGAAAUUCAUUUCAAGGCUUUGACGAAAACCAGCAAGGAAUGA